AAUCUAAGUUUUUGUUGAUAGAUUUUGUGUUUAAAUUUCUUUUUCAGGUUUCAUCUAAUGGAGAAGAGCUUCGAUUUCGGUGCCUUGUUGCAGAACCAUGAGAAGAAACACAAAUAUAAGCCUACGCAGCUUGUAAGCGUAGCCGGCGGGGUACAGUGUCCAGUUUACUAUUAAUCACUUAGUACUCAGAAAUAGCUUGAUAAUCAUGCAUGCGUGCACUCCUGAUUUACAGGUGAAAAAACGACUAGAAAACAGCAUUAGAAAUAGAAAAAGUACUCGUCUAACAGUAUUUGAUAAAAUCAGAAAUCUACCAAAAACAGAGAGUCCAGUGCCUGUGAAAAAAGUUCUGUCUAAAAUAGAGCACAGGCGGAUGCAAUUGGAAAAAUGGAAGGAAGAAAAGGAGAAAAAGAAAAAAGAGGCAUCAUUACAGAAAAAGAAGCCAUUCAUAGCUGGUGUACCACAUAAUCCAUUAAAAUUUGUUGCUCCUCCACCACCACCUAAACCUGUGCCCAGUAUAUCUGGAAGAGUCACACGAUCACAGUCAUCUAAACAAAACACAGCGAAUAAUAUCUCUAAACAAAAAUGUACUAAAAUUGAAACCAAACAAACUAAAUAUAUGACCCAGUCUUUUGCACCUAAAAAUGCUACCUUUAAUCCACCAGUAUUUAAAAAUAUGAUUAAGAUACCGACUUUGGCAAUGCACACACAAAAUGAUGUAAAACAAUCUGUUAUUGAUCAACCCUUACCACCAAAAGCUCUUAAGAAUGCUAAAUCAAAAUUGAUUCCAAAACAUGAAUUAAGAAACUUAAGAAGUCGAUCUCAGUUAGUUGAAAAAUCAAACAAUAAGGGUAAAAAAGCAUUAAGCCCAAUUAAAUCUUUAUCAUCGAAGUCAAGUUCAAGUAUGGAAUCUAAUUCAGGCGAAAAGUCACCAGUCAUUAAAACUAAGACUCCUAGAAAAUCGAUUCAGAAUAAUAAGAUGUUUACUCCUAAGAACAAAAUUCCUAAAAGCGAAUCUAGUUCAGAGGAGAAAUUACGUUCUCCCAAGUCAACUGAUUUACUGAUGACACCAGAGCAAAUAGUUGAAGAGGCUAAAAAGAUAAGUCCGUGUGUCACCUUGUCUCGUGGUAAAGAUAACGCAAGGAAGGAGAUGAAGAAAAAAAUUGUUGAAGGGUUGCUGGAUGAAGAUCAAUGUGAGAUUGACAGUGUGGAGCACUUUAGGAAGCAGCUUGACUCUGAAAUCAAGCGCAUGACCGAGAUGUGCGAUACAUGGGAUAAGAUAUCCGAGCAGAUUGUGUUACCUGAAGCUGUUCAGGAGGCGGUGCUGGGCGCGGUGGGGCAGGCGCGGCUGCUGAUGUCGCAGAAGCUGCAGCAGUUCGCGUCGCUGCUGGCGCGCUGCGAGCGCCCCGACCCGCUGCAGGCGCUCGUCACGCCCACCGACCUGCACGGCUUCUGGGACAUGGUCUUCAUGCAGGUCGAGAAUGUUGAUAUGAGAUUCAAGAAGCUAGAGGAGAUGCGUGCUCGUGGGUGGGUCGACGAACAACCUGUCGAGAUCAAGAAGAAGGCAGUGUCUAAACCGGCCGUCAGCCGCAGCCGACCCGCCGCCACCAGCCGGUUGAAGGACAUUAUCGCCGCCGCCCGAAAAGCCAAGAAAGAUCACCAAGUUGAAGACGUACCCGUUAUUGAAAACACAGCCGAGGAGAGCAAAACAUUUGAAGCUGGAUUUUUCAAAGUCCAGUCGCCUGUAAAGUCUCCCAAGCAAGCAUCCACUCCUAUAAGCAGGCCGAGUCUCUUGAAGGCGGUCCUGUCUAACGAGGCUAACAAAUCUGCUUCUAAGAAUUCAGCUUCGUAUGCCAUGCUUCGUGCUUCACUGAUCGGCAAGAAUGUCGAACAAAGAGAAGCGUCGUAUGUGCAGGACCUUGUGCCGUUAACACCGAUAAACUUAAACGCUACUCCGGCCCGGAGUAUUCUUAAAUCGACGAAAAAAACUGGUAAGAAAUCGAUCAAAGUAGUAUUAUUCGAUAAAUCGGAUUCGGAAGCUGUUGACAAACAAUCCUCAUCUGAGAAUGAAGCGGAUAUAACCGGAGUGGAGAAAAUAGAUACAGAUCAGAACGUGGAUAGCGGUCUGUCGUCGAUGGAUGUGGAGAAAGAUGUAGAAGGUAAGGAGAACAAGUCGUCGAGGAGGAAGUCCAAAUUGAUCCGCCAGGACGCGACGGAGGACCGGAGCCCCGUGAAGACGAGAAGCAUGCGAAAGAGCAUCCAGACACCGACCACUGAAAAUGUAGAAGGGAAAAAGCGAAGUUCUAGAAAGAAGACACUCCAAGAGGCAGAAUCGAAUGUGGAAGAAAUAAAAAAGGAGACACCUAAAAGGUCGACGAGACGAAAGAGUGUACGAGAUGUGAUAGCGUGAUCAGUUUCAUUUAGUUACUACUGUCGUAUGUGGUUGACAUUCGCCCGUCUCGUGCACAUCUGUGGCACGAUAACUUUAUUUUUUAUAAUAAAUACUAUAAAACAACGAUACUUUCUGAUGUUCGUGUAAUAAGACGAUAUACUAUUUUUUUUAUAAAUAAGAACGAUAUUUAAAGACACUGGCACUCUAGCGAUUAGUAUAAGCUAAUUUUAUAAACGCUUGUUUAAUGAAGGAAGUUAUUUAAAAGCAAAUUAAAAAGUGUUUGAAUGGACAACAUCAUUUCUAGCAAUAGGUAGGAAUACAAACGUUGAAUCUGCCAAAUGAGUGAAAUAUGUUAGAUAUAGGAUAGCAAUAGCAAUCUGUCUUUUUAGAGUGUUUAAUGUUCGAGUUGGAAUUACACUCGCGAUCGCCAUUGAUUGUUACUCGUCACAAUUAGAGAAAGUUAAUUUAAAAAUCACUGUAAUCGUAAAACAAUAACGGUGUUGCCUUAAAGCUGUGUUUUGACUGAUGUGCUGAUGAAUGAUUAUUUAAAUUGAACUUAAAAUAACUUGGAUAUAUUUAAAAAAAUUGUAUUAGUAUAACACUGGUUUAAGCAGUAGAACCCAAUGAAGAACAUAUUGUCUGCUCAUAUGAUCACGGAUUUAAAUUCUGGCAAACCCUGCUACUUUUAUCAAAAAUGCAUUGUGCAAGGUCUAAAUCUUUUUUUCUUUACUGGACAUGAAUUUUUACCCAGAAUGACGUUUAUGGCAUUACCUGUCGUUAAAAAAAUAUUAAUGUGAAAAAGGAUUAACAUUGUAAACACAGUGGUACCACCAUCAUCUUUGUUCUACGACUGCAAUGACUUGUUUGUCUUUUACUAUAUUUCAGUUAUUAUGUUGGGUUUAUUUUUUUUUUUUUGUAUUAUUACAACCAGCUUUGAUUUUAUUUUAUAUUUUCAUAUAUCAUGUUGAAUAUUUUGUUUUGUUUGAUCCAUUUCACUAUCAUGUCUUAAUGUCUUGCACUGGUUAGUCUCGAGCGAACUGCACAUACUUGCAUAUGAGGUUAUUAUAUGAAGAGGCAUGUUUCUGUUAACAUUAAUUUAAGAAUGAUAUUUUGGUAAUUUAGUAAUAUGUCAUAUAAAUAUACUAUGAAAAAUAUGUAAGGUGUCUGACUGAUUUUUGUUUAAUAUCCUUAAAAAUAUAAAGAAUGAAGAACUUUCUA